AGGAUACUUCUUAUUUCCCAACCUACCGAAGAGACGUUUGGGUGGGAAACUUGGUAGGCUAGAGGUUUAGUGGAAUUUAGCAAUUUACCCACACCAACAACCCUCAUUCUAAGAUAUCAAAUGAACAAGGCACAAUCAAAGCAUCGGUUGUCCAAACUCCUACAUCCAACUUCGAGAUAACCAUUCGAUCCGUACAUCCAUGAAGACUACAGUAACAAAGAUGGCAGGAAUUACGCCUUUGCUCAAUCUUCCUCUCGAUCUCUUCCGCUACAUCCUCGACUCGUUACCCGCCCACUUAUCCGUCGCAGAUUUUAUGGAGUUGAGACGGCUGAACAAACUAUUCGACCAGGAAGUACUACGAUCAGUCUGCCGGCCCGGUCCCUCAAACGUACUCACCAACAGUAAAUUAUUAUUCGAUAUCUCAUUAGAGCGAGAUAGCAGCAUGAAAAAUCUCGUCACUAAUUUUCUAAUGAUACGACUUGCGCUGCCUAGUGCCAAGAAUAACCCGCUUUUAAAUUCAAUCCUGGAAACUGUGGAAUUUGCGCAAGAGAUCCAUCUCGAUAUUGAUACUGACGUCGAGUGUACGGAUGAAGCAGCAAUCGAAAAGCGAAGACAUGAGUAUACUCUCGUACUCUGCCGUGCCAACACAGUACUGGACGCUGGCGAAAUCAUGGAGACUGCAACUAUUGUCAGGAGCCCCCAUGACACGAAUGUUGUCGCCAAUGCCUUGGUAGCUGCCGCGUACCUUGGGGAUCUACCUCUCAUAGAAAAGCUUGUUCAACGAGGCAUAGAUGUCAAUACGAGACAAGUAUGGUUUACCGCACCUCUGGAACAUGCUUGUACACAAGGGCAUCACGACGUAGUGAAGAUUUUGCUAGAUAAUGGGGCAACUCUUUCCGAGAAACCAUUCUCAUAUCUACACGGAAACGCAUACCUCAAUGCAGCAGCCAAAGCUGGCCACGAGAAGGUCGUAAAUCUCCUGAUCAAUCAUGAACAGGGCUUGGGGCCCGACCUGGAUUGGACAGUGCACGAUGCCGCUUUCAACCUGGCCGUGGCUUACAGACACGUCUCUAUUAUCAGUUGCUUCCUCGCCCCUUUCAAGCAAUACAUGUUCUGGUUAAGCGUCAAUGAACACGAGAAGUUUGAGCAAAGAUCUUCGCUUUUCCAAGCGAUUGAAUGCGGAGAGGAAGGUGCUUGUGCAUGGAUGCUUAGAGAGGCCAAUGAUAUCUCACGCGAACAUGAAGCGUGGAACUGGCAAUCCACUCUACUUUUGAUAGAGGCGAUCAGGGAAAGACGACCAAGCGAAGUGAAGAGACUCGUUGGGAAAGGAGCAGCAAGAAGGGGGGAGGCCAUGGUACAGAUAGCUAAAUUCGGAAACACGGAACUUGCGAAUGCAUUCUUCGAUACGCCAGGCGCGCCGUUCUGGAAGGAUACCGUUUUGAACGGCACGAAAGAAGACUGGAAGAGAAUCCCGGAUCUGUGCGUGGAUGCGAGGGAAAUUAUGAAAUUUGGGCACUGCCGCUGUGAUGUUCCCCUAAUUCACGCCAUAAUGGAGAAGAAUGAUGAUAUGAUCGAGUGGCUUGUUCAGAGAGGAGCCAGGAUCCCGAGUCUGGCGGAGAGCCAUGUGUUUCGAAGCCAAGUUUUCACAUCUUCACUCAACAAACAUAUGAGACGCUUGCAAUCUUAUUUGGUCAGGAGUGAGUGGGUUCUGUUUAGGCUGUGGAAUGUUUUCAUUUGCGCAAGCUUCGCAGCUGUAAAUAUUUUGCGUUGCUAG